CCCCACCCUCAGCUCACGUCACAAGAUCCCCUUCUCUCCCCACCACCACCGAACGACGUCGUCCCCCGCGCGCGCUACUUCACGCGGGACUUGGCUCGCCCGCCGGAAUCCCGCGGGCCAGGCUCUCCUCUCCUCGCCGCGUCCCCAGACUGGUUGAUCUGUAUGAUGACAUUCAUAAAAUGAUACUGUAUUGUGACAUAUAUUUGAGAUGGAUGAUCUGCCAGAUGGUGAGGGGCAAUCUGAUACACACUCUACUGACGCAAAUUGGCUGUCCUCGCAUGAAGAGCAUAAGUUCCAAUCCAUUUCCUUGGCUAAACAGGACCACAAUUCGGAUUUGGCAGAUUCUUCUCUUAACUGUAUGAAAGGUGACCAUUCAUUUUGCGCUUCUCAGGAAUUAUGGUCUACUGGAUCUUUAUCGAGUCCAAUACCUAAUGGAUUUUAUUCAAUUAUUCCGGAUAAGAAACUGAAGGAGUGUUUUGACGCCAUUCCUUCUCCCGAUGAUCUGUAUUCCCUUGGAAUAGAGGGCUUCAAGGCUGAGAUAAUUCUUGUGGACUUAGAGAAGGAUAAAAAGCUAUCCGCGAUAAGGCAGCUAUGUGUAGCUCUGGUAAAAGGAUUGAGUUCUAACCCAGCUGCAAUGGUAAAAAAGCUUGCAGGUUUGGUUUGUGACUUCUAUAAGCGACCAAACCCACAGCUCAGCCCUGCAAGAACUUCUUCUGAAGAAAUUUUUAAUUUCAUGGAAAACAAGGGAAUUCAAUUGUUGGGGCAAAUAAGACAUGGAUCUUGUCGGCCCAGAGCAAUGUUAUUUAAAGUCCUUGCUGACUCUGUUGGUAUAGAUUCUAAGCUGUUGGUGGGCAUUUCUGAUGAAGAAUCUCAUGAACACGAUGACUCACCCAAACAUAUGUCUGUUGUUGUUAUGCUGAAGUCCAUGGAGUUUCUCGUUGAUCUAAUGCGUUUUCCAGGACAACUAAUUCCAUUCUCAUCCAAAGCUAUAAUCACAUCCCAUAUAUCUGCUUCUGGAGAGAGUGAUUCUGCUGACUAUGAUUCUUGUGAUUCUCCUCUUGAACCGAAUAGUCCUUUGUGCUCUCAACGGCAAGAGCAAGAUGAAAACAAUAGGCCAUUUAAAGUUCCGUCCCUAAGAGACAUCAUGCGCCGAACUUCAAACUCUAUGGAGGGCAAAUUGAGAUGUUCAUCACAUAGUGAACCAAAUGUUGCCAAUGCCUUAUGUGGACGCCGUGGGAGGAAAGCUAAUGAACAUCAAAGAACUGCCAGUUCAAGUCCAGAGCAUCCAUUGUCCAGAGCACAUGGGCGCUCAAACUUGGGCGAUAGACAGUACAAAGAUGGUGUAGCUGUAUCAAGGUACCUCAAUGGUGCAUCAACAUCAAAUGCGCGGAGAGGACGUCCAAAAAGUAUGAGUACAUCCCCUGAAAUUGGUGAUGACUUUGCGAGGGCAGUUAAAGAAAUGAGUGAAAGCAUGAGGAAGAAUCGCCAUUCAAGGGCACAUAAUGAUGGUAGUCCAGGACAUUCAAAUGAUUCACAGAGAAAAGAAUCAGUAGGUGAUCUCAACGGUGAUGAGGUGUCAGUAAGAGAACCAAAUGUUCAGGAAGGUUCAAGAAGGCACAUUAUUACUCAGAAGGCAUUGUCAUUACCUUCAUCACCACAUCGGUUAGGUAACCAUGGUUCAAAUCUUAGGGAGCCAGCUGACUUCCUUACAGCAGAAGAUCUGAUGUCCACUUGGAAUAAAGCAUUGCAAUCUUCACCAUUUCUGAACAAGCCAUUAUUGCCUUUUGAAGAAUGGCAUAUUGGGUUCUCAGAGAUUGCUGUUGGCACUCGUGUUGGAAUAGGGUUUUUUGGGGAAGUAUUCCGUGGCAUCUGGAAUGGAACAGAUGUAGCUAUAAAAGUAUUUCUGGAGCAAGAUUUAACAAUGGAGAAUAUGGAAGAUUUCUGCAACGAGAUCUCCAUACUUAGCCGUCUCCGACAUCCUAAUGUCAUAUUGUUCCUUGGUGCAUGUAUGAAGCCUCCUCACUUGUCCCUAGUCACUGAAUAUAUGGAAAUGGGUUCCUUGUACUAUUUGAUUCACACAAGUGGCCAGAAAAGUAAGAUCAGUUGGCGAAGGAGGCUAAAAAUGCUCCGUGAUAUCUGUAGGGGUCUUAUGUGUAUGCACCGUUUGAAGAUAGUUCAUCGUGAUCUAAAGAGUGCGAAUUGCCUUGUUAACAAGCACUGGACAGUCAAGUUAUGUGAUUUUGGGCUCUCUCGGUUAUUGUCGAAUUCUGCAAUGAGUGACAACUCAUCUGCAGGCACUCCAGAGUGGAUGGCUCCUGAGCUUAUUCGUAACGAACCAUUUACAGAAAAGUGUGAUAUCUUCAGCCUAGGAGUUAUCAUGUGGGAGCUUUGCACUCUGAGUAGGCCCUGGGCAGGAAAGCCGCCAGUUCAGGUUGUUUACUCUGUUGCGAACGAAGGGGCAAGAUUGGAAAUACCAGAUGGACCUCUGGGUAGCUUGAUAGCAGAUUGCUGGACAGAACCGGAGAAGCGCCCAAGCUGCCAGGAGAUCCUCACUCGUUUGCUUGAUUGCGAGUACACCUUAUGUUGAGCUACCUAGCUCUAGUAUGUAUAUCAGCUACAGGCAACACAUUGGUUCGGUUUAUAUUCCCUCCGUCCCAAAAUAAGUGCCGUUGCUUUAGUACUAUAUUUGUACUAACUUAGUUCUAAAUUUGGGUCACUUAAUUUGGAAUGAAGGGAGUACAUCAUUUGCUUUCCCCCUUUUCACCAUUUUGACAUUUUUGAUAUGUAAAUUGUCAAACUUGAAGUAUAAAAUAAGAACUUCUCAUA